CCUCCUUCCCCCGCUUCUAAUUCCUGCCGCUCGCUCCGAGCCUCAUUCAGCCGCCGCCGCCAGUGGAGUGUAAUAGGCUGAGGAUGCUGCUGUGUCUGUUCAGUGUCUAGUUGUGAAUGGGACUUGCCUCCUCGCCCUCCGCCGCAGGUGACCAAGGGAAGCAGCCCGCCCGGCUGGACUCCCAGCAAGAGCUGAAAUAUCGGAUAAGUGGCAGCACAAAACUUAAAUCUGCAUUGUCAACACGGACUCAUUAAGUGGCCAUUCAAAUGGGUGGAAUAUGUUACAUAAAUUGGCAACAAGUUUCCAGUGGGUAAAGCAAUUAAGCUGGGAACCUGCAGAGCAUUAAAGUGAUGCACUUAAUGAGAGGUGGCAUCCUAUAUGCAGAACAUUACAUCUGAAAUUUUCCAGUAGCUCCAAGGUUCUUACUUCAGAGGUGGCUCUGGGUGGAAGGAGUAGAUUCUCGAAUACUCCUGUGCCUAUAAAUUAACCAAAAAUGAAGGAGGACAGUUGUUUACAUGCUGCUCUUAUCUGCCUGGGCAUGCUAUAUUACAGCCAUGCCAUGUCUACAGAAAAACUUAACCAUUUAAGGCCGUCACUCCAUGGUCACCAUGAAAAAGGAAAAGAAGGGCAAGUUCUACAUCGUUCAAAAAGAGGCUGGGUGUGGAAUCAGUUCUUUGUAAUAGAAGAGUACACAGGACCAGAUCCUGUACUAGUUGGCAAGCUUCAUUCAGAUAUCGAUUCUGGAGAUGGAAACAUUAAAUACAUUCUCUCAGGUGAAGGCGCAGGAAUCAUUUUUGUUAUUGAUGACAAAUCAGGGAACAUCCAUGCAACAAAGACACUGGACCGAGAAGAGAGAGCUCAGUAUAUUCUAACGGCACAAGCUGUAGACAGAAACACUAACAGACCUUUGGAACCACCCUCUGAAUUCAUUGUGAAAGUUCAAGAUAUAAAUGACAACCCACCUGAGUUCCUACACGAAAACUAUCAUGCGAAUGUGCCAGAGAGGUCCAACGUGGGUACAUCAGUUAUUCAGGUAACCGCUUCGGAUGCUGAUGAUCCUACCUAUGGGAACAGUGCCAAACUGGUUUACAGUAUUCUUGAAGGUCAGCCCUACUUCUCCGUGGAAGCACAAACAGGUAUUAUUAGAACUGCUCUUCCCAACAUGGACAGAGAAGCUAAGGAAGAAUAUCAUGUUGUAAUACAGGCAAAAGACAUGGGAGGACACAUGGGAGGACUCUCAGGGACAACCAAAGUGACAAUUACACUUACUGAUGUCAAUGACAACCCACCAAAGUUCCCACAGAGUGUGUACCAGAUGUCAAUAUCAGAAGCAUCCAUACCAGGGGAAGAAGUAGGACGACUGAAGGCCAAAGAUCCAGAUAUUGGAGAAAAUGGCUUAGUGACUUACAGCAUCAUUGAUGGAGAUGGUGUGGAGAUGUUUGAAAUUACAACAGAUUAUGAGACUCAGGAAGGUGUUGUAAAGCUUAAGAAGCUCCUAGAUUAUGAAACCAAAAAGUCCUACAGUCUGAAGGUAGAGGCAGCCAAUGUACAUAUUGAUCCUAAGUUCAUCAGCAAUGGACCAUUCAAGGAUACUGUAACUGUAAAGGUAGCAGUUGAGGAUGCUGAUGAGCCCCCCAUAUUUUUAGCACCAAGUUAUAUUCUUGAAGUACAAGAGAACGCGGCAGCUGGUGCUGUUGUUGGGAGAGUACAUGCCAAAGACCCUGAUGCUGCAAAUAGUGCUAUAAGGUAUUCAAUUGAUCGUCACACUGACCUUGAAAGAUAUUUUAGUAUCAGUCCAGAAGAUGGUUACAUUAAGACCAUCAAAACUCUGGAUAGGGAAGAAAUUGCUUGGCAUAACAUCUCUGUCUUUGCAACUGAAGUCUACAACCGACAUCAGGAAGCCAAAGUUCCUGUAGCAAUUAAGGUCCUUGAUGUCAAUGACAAUGCUCCAAAAUUUGCAUCAACCUAUGAAGCAUUUAUUUGUGAAAAUGGUCAGAGCAACAAGGCAUUUAUUACAAUUACUGCUGAUGACAAGGAUGAUGCAGCCAACGGACCGAGAUUUAUCUUCAGUUUACCACCUGAAAUUAUUCACAAUCCAAAUUUUACGCUCAUAGACAACAGAGGUUUGUAUCAAGGUUCACCAUAUAUUAGUGUUCAGAGCAGAGAAAGUAGAAAACAUAUGGGUAUUAUAAUUUCAUACAGUAUUUUCAUUAACCUUGACUGA